UGAAAUUCUAAAAGUCAAUUUUAGAACAGCUUUGAACUGGUUUCCAUUGAAUACUUACAUUGUAAUUAUUGGUGUUCUACAUAUAUUUUGACUCAUGGCUCCUUUACUUUUAUGAGGUCAAAUAGAUAAAAUAACUUGGCAUGAGUACAAACACUUCCUUAUGUCGUUUUUGCAACUGUAAUCAAUUUUACAGAGCUAAAUACAUCUUAAAGCUUAACGCAGUGCAGACCUAAACAAUCGUUAAAUGUGCUGGCUGGAAUGUGAAAUCUAAAAGGGUAACUUCAGUGGAACAAGAAUUAAUAGAUUCUUGUCAAAGUAAAGUCAACCUCUAUGAGUCUCCAAAGUGCAGGAAAGGUAGAACUUGAAAUCCAAGAAACACAAGAUGAAAUAGGUAAGGACUGGUUUGGCAUGAAUGGAAAGAAUCAAAAGAGUUAAUACAAAAGAACAUGGUAAAGACAAUGUAAAAGAGUUGUACGAUAUGGCAAAUACGUUGGACAAUCUAUCCAACAGUAUUGGAAAAAGACAAAUCCCGAAAACUGGAUCAACCGAUGUGAAGGAAAAUACUACGAGAAAAGCAUCAUCCGGACAGAUGAUAGCGGCCAUGCAAAAUGAAAUUGAUCACUUAAAAGUAGAGACAGAAGAAGUGAAAUCACAAUUGAAUGUCCAGAAACGAAGGAAGAAGGAGCUUGAGUCCAAAAAGUUGAAUUUAUUAAACUUACUGGAAUCACUUAAAAUGCAAGCAACAUCUGUCGCAAACAUGGUUAAUCGAAAACAACGUACAAUAAAAGAAGAUCAAAAAAUGCACGAAGGAUUCGAACGUCAAAUCUCGAAAUUGCAAGAGGAGAAAGAAGCUUUGAAGGAGGAGAUUGGAAUCGUCCAGAGUCAAAUGAAGGCAGCUUCUGAGGAAACGGAAGCAUACGAAGUCUUGCAAAGGAAUUUAGAAAUGGACUACGACAAAGUUGCUGCAGAGAAUUUGAAAAAGGACCCGCAGAUUGACAAAGAGGUGCAAGAACUUAAUGAAACUUUUCUAGAUCUAGAAGGAACGCUUUAUAGGCAUCUGGAAGAGACAAAGCAAAUUGAGAAGCCGUUGAGAGACUCAAUGGCAAAUAGCAGUGGUGAAAAGGAAAAAAUAGCACAUUCAUUGGAAAAAGCAAACAAUGACGCUCAAAUGUAUUCAAGCUUUAUUGAAAACUAUCUCAGUCAAUUGACCUCUAGCUUGGAUAUGCAGUUAAACACCAUAGAAAGCACGCAAAACCAAUUGAGUGAAAUGCAGCAGAUCCUUGAGAUGGACGAUGAAGAAUUUGCAAAUAUGAACUCUAGUCUCUUGACUGAAACGACCGAAACGGACUCUAAUAUCCUAUCAAAUGAUGGUCUUACUUCCUCUAAUUUGGAUUCAUAGAAAAAACCCGUGCAUUUGUUACGACAGAGAAUAGUGAAAGGGGUAGGCAAACGAUCACUUUUACGACUUUAUACUUUCUUUCUAAACGCGUCUCUUCUUUUUUUUGUAUAUUGAUUACUUAUAAUGAAUACCCAUGAUAUAUAUUUAAUAAUACAAUAGUUCCUACUAGAACUCGUAGUAUUGAGUAUUGUG